AUGGGAAAUAUACACACGACAGGUCCUAAUGAAGCCUUGGUUAUUUCAGGUGGCUGCUGUGGCGCAGAAGCAAGAAAGUAUAUCAUUGGAGGAUGGGGCUGGGCUUGGUGGCUUGUGACAGACACUCAGAAGAUCUCCCUGGAGGUUAUGACCCUAAACCCACAGUGUGAAAGUGUGGAGACCUCAGAAGGUGUACCAGUUACAGUGACCGGGGUAGCCCAGUGCAAGAUCAUGCGGUCCCCUGACAUACUGAAGAAGGCCUGCGAGCAGUUUCUAGGAAAGUCACCCCAGCACGUUGAGCACGUAGUUCUCCAGACCCUUGAGGGUCAUCUCAGAGCUAUCCUUGGUACUCUCAGUGUCGAGGCGAUUUACCAAGACCGUGACCAGUUUGCACAGCUAGUCCGUGAGGUGGCAGCACCAGAUGUGGGCAAGAUGGGCAUUGAAAUUCUCAGCUUCACAAUCAAAGACAUCUUCGACAACGUGCAGUACCUGUCGUCUCUGGGCAGGGCACAGACUGCAAACGUCAAGAAGGAUGCCGACAUUGGUGUGGCGGAAGCCAACCGGGAUGCAGGCAUCAGGGAGGCAGAGUGUGAAAAGCUGAGACUGGAUGCCAAGUACAAAGCAGACGCCAAAAUUGCUGAUUCUGCCAGAGAAUUUCAGAUGCAGAAAGCCAAUUUUGAUAUGGAAGUUAAUGCCAGAAAAGCUGAAGCAGAGCUUGCAUACGAGCUACAGGCAGCGAAGGAGAAACAGAAAAUCCGUAGUGAAGAAAUGGAAAUUGAGGUGGUGGAGAGGAGGAAAUUAAUUGAUGUUGAGGAGAAGGAGAUUCUCAGGAAGGAGAAAGAGUUGAUUGCCAUGGUCAAACGACCAGCUGAAGCUCAAGCCUACAAGAUGACACAGUUGGCAGAAGGUCAAAGGACCCAGACGGUGGAAGCAGCCCGAGCCGAUGCUGAGAAGAUCAGACUUCUGGGAGGAGCUGAGGCUGCAGCUAUUGAGGCUGUAGGCAAGGCUGAGGCUGAGAGAAUGAGGCUGAAGGCAGCGGCCUACAAGCAAUACGGAGAAGCUGCAAUGUUGAAUUUGGUUAUGGAAACGUUACCAAAGAUUGCCGCAGAAGUAUCAGCACCUUUGUCCAAGACUGACGAAAUCGUAUUGGUUGGUGAUGACCGCGUGACAGGAGAAGUUAAUCGGCUGCUUAGUCAGCUCCCUCCUUCUGUACAGGCUCUAACCGGAGUAGACUUGUCCAAGUUUCUGAGCAAAAUGGCUGGAACACAACAGGCGUAA